GUGUGGCAAACGUCAAUGAUAAGUUUACUCACUGUUCCUAAAAAUCAUCUCAUCAGCAAACAAAACACAAAUUGUUUUUAUUUUAGUGCUAAUUAAAUGCUAAAAUGAAUCGUACGGAAGGAUUGGUACAACGAAGGAACGUUGUAAAGGAAAAUAAUUCGGACGGAAACAGGGAAAAUCACGAUGUGGACGAUAAGAAAAACGAUAAAAAUUAUGAUGACGGCGAUUCAAAGGAAACUCGACUAACACUGAUGGAAGAAGUAUUAUUACUAGGAUUAAAGGACAAAGAAGGUUACACAUCAUUUUGGAACGACUGUAUUUCGAGUGGUCUAAGAGGAUGCAUCCUGAUCGAAUUGGGUUUGAGGGGACGUGUAGAAUUGGAAAGAGCAGGCAUGAGAAGGAAGGGAUUGUUGUCUAGAAAGGUUAUUGUAAAAUCUGAUAAUCCAACAGGGGAUGUAUUAUUAGAUGAAGCCUUGAAACACAUGAAAGAUACUGAUCCCCCUGAGACUGUACAGAGUUGGAUAGAAUAUCUUAGUGGUGAAACAUGGAAUCCAAUGAAGUUAAAAUAUCAAUUGAAAAAUGUCCGUGAGAGACUGGCCAAAAACCUCGUUGAGAAAGGUGUACUGACUACUGAAAAACAGAAUUUCCUAUUGUUUGAUAUGACAACCCACCCACUUACCGAUAAUGUUGUAAAAUGUCGCUUAGUGAAAAAGGUCCAAGAAGCGGCGCUUCGUCGGUCUAUCGUUGACGUCGCACACGCCGAUAAGCGAUCGUUGGCCCUACUCAUGCUCGCUCACUCGGCAGACGUGCUCGAGAACGCAUUCGCGCCGCUCUCCGACGAGGACUACGAGCUGGCGACGAGACGUGUUCGUUCUCUGCUCGAUCUCGACUUCGAGGCCGAGGCCAUGCGACCCGAUGCCUGUGAAAUCAUGUGGGCGGUGUUCGCGGCGUUCACUAAAUAGCAUCAAAUUUCCGUCUAAGCCACUGACAUCGGAGAGAAUAAUUUAUAAAUUGAAAGGUAAUAAUUAUUCCAAGUGGCUAGAAAUAAUAAAAUGUGUGAAUCGUGUGCAAUGAAAGAAACAAUUUACGGUAUAUAAAUUAGUAUAAUUAGAUACACUUGUACAGAAACUUGAUUGACUUUUUGUGAUCAGUAUUAGGUUUAGAUCAGUUGCCCGUUGGAGGGUAUCGUCAGAUUGAUAAAUAUUGUGUAACAAAAUGUAAAAUUAACAAUAAAUGAGAAAAUGGAUGUAAUAACUUAAUCUAUAAACUGGUUUCGAUUUCGUUGUACGUAAUUUCUAAACUAAACUGGACAGGGCAAAAAUUAUUGCUAUCUCAUGUUUCGGAUCCCACACACAAGGAACAGAAAAGGAUAGAAUGUUUUUUUAGUACUGAUAGUAUUUUAUUUUAGUCGAUGCGUACAAGAAGAUCAAAACCACAAUGGAUAUCAGUAGAUUUAUUAAUACUGGCACAAAAGAUGUGGAAAUUUGACAGAAACGGUCUAGUGAGUGUUCGGUGCAUUGACAUUUAGCAAUAACAUAUUUGAGAUUCAACUUAACUCGUAUGUUGCAAAUUAAUUAAUUAUGGAUUAUUAAUUAUAUAUACAUAUAUAUAGGUGUAUCAUAUAUUAUACUUAAUGUCUAGUAUUAAUAUUUUUAUAUAUAUAUAAUUAUGUAUGUAAAAUUUGUUGUUUAAAAUGUUAUAAGAAUGUGAUUUGUGUUUAUUGUGUUAUGCAAUUAUAACAUAACGAUAAAAUUUUAUAUGUGUAUUAUAUUAGAAUAGUUUUAAAUUUAGCUAAUAAUGUCACAUUGAUUUAUUAGAAUAAGUAUUUCGAACUUCAAAAAGUAACCGCUUGAAAUUUUACAAUGUAGUAAAUUUUAUUUUGCAUAGUGAUAAUAGUAGUUAUGAAUUAAAUGUCUAGGGUUUCUAAAAAGCACAGAUAUUUAUCUUUAAUCCAUUACAAAUUUUAAUUCGAUCCAAUUUUAAUUAUAUAAUCAUGAAUGGCUUAAAAAAACCAAUUGCAUUUCACAGUUGCCGACAAUAAACAUUUAAUUAAAAAUAAAUCACAUGUUCAAUUAAAAAUGAACAUAAGUUUACAUUCAUAAAAUCAAAAAUAAAUACAAGAAUAAGAUUGAAACUGAUUGCCUGUAAAGCCUGGUCUUAAGUUUCCUAAAGAGCUACAAGCGCUCGGGUGCAAGCAGUGUUCUGGUGAUUUUUCACUCUCCAAAAAAGGACCUGAUGCCUAAUCCAUGGUCCAAAACCAGACCAUACUUUCGGGGCACCCGGUUUUUUCGCACCCUCUGAACCUUUGCUUAAGACAGGCCUGAGCCUGUAAAUAUAAUACAUUUGUUUUCCAUAAGAAUUAUUGUACGUGCAAAUCAGAGCGUGCCAUUAUAUUUAAAAAAAAAAAUAAAAAAACAUAUAUAUUUAUUUGUACGAUUCGGUUUCAAAUCACUAUAUAAGAUCUUAUUCUUAAUAAUGUUUACUUUAAAAUUAAUAUAGAAAAAAAAGUUUCUAGUUUAAAUAUUUGGAUUAUUUUUAUUUAUGUUAACUUAAAUUAAAUAGAAUUAUUUUUUAAACUAAAUUAUAUAUACUAGUUUAAGUCCAGUUUCAACUUGCCAGGUAUAAGAACACUGAACACUUAUCAAUAAAAUAUACAUUAUACCAAUCAUAACAAUUCAGGUUGCAAGGUUUCACCUACAGAAACUACCAAAUAUUUGAAAGUAAAAUUAAAGCUCGUAAUUUUCUUUUAGACAAUGACUAAAGCUGUUUAAUAUAAGUUUUUUUUUUGUUUACGGAAUUAUAAGUGAAGAAAAAGAAGGCAACUAAAAAGAAGAUUUUUCAUUCUAAUAAUAAAAGUAUGAUCGUGACUAUCACAAAACAAAAGCCGUUAAAACCAAUAAACAAAAGGGUAUAUUCGUUGCUUUGUGAGAUAAUAUGUAUUUAGAAAAUCGACCGGCAAUAACCUGUAUGUAUUUUUAAAGAAAAAAAUCCUUGUUCGUGAUGAAAUAUCACAUUGUAAUUCUAACGCAACGUUUAUGUACCGUUUGCACGACAUUUUUUGUAUAAUUUUUAUGCUGCCACAAUUAUUAUUGUUUUUUUUAUAAUGCGAUAAUAAUUGGGAGGAAAUUAAUUCUUCAUUGUGAUAGCGUGUCUCUCGAUUAAGAUACCUAAUUUUUAAUUUAUAUUAAAAUAAUUUAAUAAUUUUCCAGUGGUUUAGUCAAUCUGUUUUUUCUUAAGCUCAACACAUUCUCAAUGUCUCUUAUACUAUAGCAUUGUACCCAGUUAUAAUACAUAAAUAUAGAAUAUUUUUAUCAGUAUCCUAUCCAUUUUUUGCAGUAGAAUAUUGAUUAUUGGUCUAUUCACUCCCUAAGGCAAUAUGUUAAAUAGUCAGUGUAAUUAUAAAAAAAAAAACUUAACAAAUAUAAUCUAAUUUGUAUUUUUUUUUUGCUGUCUUUACUCUGUUGUCUCACGCACACUAAGACAAUUUCAAAUCACUUACUCAUACUAUUGCGCGCGAUUGCACCUUCGUGACUGAAUAGAUCUAUAUUUAUAUUUGAAAAUAUAUAUUUGAUUUAUUAAUUAACAGUUAAGUAUAAGUAUUUAUGCGCGCGUUAUCAGGCACCUACACUCACUCACACACAAACGCCGACACAUUUUACACACACAAACACACACAUACACAAAAGCAUAAAAAAUGUAUAUUGCGAAAGUAAAUGUAUGAGAACAUAAAAAAUAUUGAGAUGUUUUAUACAAAUUGUUAAUUAAAUUAAUAUUUACUUAUAAACAUUUAAUCAUGAAUUGUACAUAGUGCUUUUUAAAUGUAACACACGUGAGUAUUAAGUAAUACACAGUCAGGUAAAUUUUGGAAAUGUGUGUUUUGUCCAUCAAUGUUGACCUUUGACGUGUAGAAUGAUGAAUUAGAAUAUUUGUAGUAUUUUAUACAAAAUUAUCUAAACAGAAGCUCUAAUUAAGUUAGAUGGUAUCAUAUAGUCAUUUAUUUUCUCUUUAAAAUAAAAUAAGACAUGUAAAUCCAAAUAGUACUUUAAACGUAACUUGUUUUUUGUACUAGAAAUUGCAAUAGACCAAAUGGUUUUAUUUGCAUUUCAGAUACUUAAUAUUUUUUUAAAACAUGGUAGAAUAUCUUCUUACCUUAGAGUUAUUUGACCUUUUUUGUAAGUACGAUUCAAGAAGCAGCCUCACUGUAUUUAACUCGUCUUGCAUCGAUUGGUAUAAAUUAUUUUUUAAUAAAUUGAAUAGUGUUGCUAAUGAAUGUAUAAAGUUAAUGUUAAGAAAUGUAUCAUACACUAUUGAAAAUUACUCAAAUAUAAUAUUCCUUAGAAAAAUA